CGUCGUCUCUGCUCUGCUCCGCAGCUUCUCUCCUCUGUUCGAUUCUCCGUUUGUCUUGGGGCCGCUUCUUCUUCCACCCAGAGCCGAAUCGAAGCAGCACAUCUUCGGCCUCACGCGGACGCAGACUUGGUGGCAGCAAAGCGGGGACAGACUCGGCUUUGCUCGCCUCUUUAUUCCCCCCGCUGCGGUGGAAAAACCCGGACGGAGGCCCGAAGUGUGCGCUGAGCCUCCGCAGGCCUCCGGCGCGGACUCCCGCUUUUUCGCCGGAAAAUGGACGGAUUCACGGGCAGUUUAGAUGACAGUGUAAUCAGAUUACCUGUAACCGGAUCAUCGUGUCUUCCUGCAGACGACAGCAUGUCCGCAGCAAGCGUCUCUGACGUCAACGACCGUCUUUCGGCUCUGGAACUUCGUGUCCAGCAGCAGGAGGACGAGUUGACCGUCAUGAAGGCGGCGCUCGCGGACGUCCUCCGUCGCCUCGCUGCCUCUGAAGAUGCCUCAGCUGCAGUGGCUAAAAAACAACACGGAGGCAAAGGUGGCGGCGCGAUGCGCGAAGCCUACUCCAUGUCCUGUAUCACCAACGGAGGGACACCGGGACGAAAACGUGACUCCACCUCCGUCACCAGGAAGGAGACGUUGUCAUCUGCCGCCAAGAGUGGAUCUGACAAGAAAAAAGAAGUUCGCUCUGAGAUGGAGAAGAUCCAGGAGGGGGAGGAGCCUCCUCACCCCAAGGACAUGACUCCAUCUCCCUCCUCCCCUGUCCCUCCCUCCACCCCUCAAACCCCUCAGCAACAAAGACCAGCCCAGUCCACUGACACCAGUAAAGGCCAGGCCCCUCUAAAAAGAGGAGCCAGUGUGAAACGUUCCUCUUCCUCAGGCAUGGAACGUUCCCAUAGUUCCUGGGAAACUUCGGAGGAGAGCCGAAACAAACUGGUGAAGGCCGCCUCCACGUCCAAGCUGCUUGCUAAGGUGGUGAAGACAGCAGAGAGACACAGAGACCCUGUGGUCAGUCACGCCAAAAUGUCAACCCGAGAGAAAAACAGCCAAGCUGAGGGAAACCAUGUCAAGAUGUUCAUCCGUGGUCGACCCGUCACCAUGUUCUACCCGUCAGAUGUGGAGAACUAUGACGAUGUUAGAACUGAGCUCCCGUCAGAACGCCUGAAGCUGGAAUGGGUGUAUGGUUACCGUGGCAGAGACUGCAGGGCCAAUAUUUACCUUCUUCCAACUGGAGAGAUCGUUUACUUCAUUGCAUCUGUCGUGGUUCUUUUCAACUAUGAAGAACGCACUCAGAGACAUUACCUCGGACACACGGACUGCGUCAAGUGUCUGGCCAUCCAUCCUGAUAAGAUCCGGAUCGCUACAGGACAGAUCGCAGGAGUGGACAAGGACGGUCGUCCGCUGCAGCCUCAUGUUCGUGUCUGGGACAGCGUCAGUCUCUCAACGCUGCAGGUCAUCGGUAUGGGCACGUUUGAACGAGGCGUCGGCUCGUUGGCGUUUUCUAAAGCGGACUCGGGUCAGCACCUCAGUGUGAUCGACGACUGUAACGAUCACAUGUUGACCGUGUGGGAUUGGCAGAAGAAGUCCAAAAUAGCAGAAAUCAAGACAACAAACGAGGUGGUUCUGGAUGUGGAGUUUCAUCCAACUGAUCCAAACACCAUCGUUACCUGUGGGAAGUCUCACAUCUUCUUCUGGACCUGGACCGGAACAUCACUGGCCCGUAAACAGGGCAUUUUUGGAAAAUAUGAAAAGCCAAAGUUCAUCCAGUGUCUGUCCUUCCUGAGCUCAGGAGACAUUCUGACUGGAGACUCUGGUGGAGUCCUGCUGGUCUGGACCAGGAACCCCAACGAGACAACAACUGGAAAAGGACCCAGAGCGUUCCAGAUCACUCGGCAGGUCAAAGCUCACGAGGGCAGCGUUUUCUGCAUGUGUGAGAUGAGGAGUGGCACUCUCCUGACCGGAGGAGGAAAAGACCGCAAGAUCAUCCUGUGGGACCAUGAGAUUAGAGCAGAGCGGGACAUCGAGAUCCCAGAUCAGUACGGAGCCAUCAGAGCGGUGUCUGAGGGAAAGGGGGAGGAGUUUCUAGUUGGAACUUCUCGUAACUUCAUCCUAAGAGGAACUUUCAACGAUGGCUUCCAGGUGGAAGUUCAGGGACACACAGACGAGUUGUGGGGUUUGGCGUCUCAUCCCUCCAGAGACUUGUUCCUCACGUGUGCUCAGGAUCGACUAGUGUGUCUGUGGGAUUCAAAAAAUCACAGUCUGCAGUGGAGCCGCACACUGGAGGAACAUGGACACUGUGCUGAUUUCCAUCCCAGUGGAGCAGUGGUUGCCAUAGGAACACACUCAGGAAAGUGGUACCUCCUGGAUGCAGAGACCACAGACCUGGUUGGGAUCCACACGGAUGGAAAUGAGCAGCUGUCAGUGAUGCGCUUCUCUGUCGACGGAACUCUGCUGGCCGUCGGCUCUCACGACAAUUUUAUUUACCUGUACAACGUGUCGGAGCGAGGACGCAAGUACAGUCGCUACGGAAAGUGCACGGGACAUUCCAGUUACAUCACACACUUGGACUGGUCGCCUGACAACAACUUCAUAAUGUCCAACUCUGGAGACUAUGAGAUCCUCUACUGGGACGUUCCAAACAACUGUAACCUGAUCAGAAACCGGUCUGAUUGUAAAGACAUCGACUGGGCCACGUACACCUGUGUCCUGGGAUACCACGUGUUUGGGGUGUGGCCCGAAGGCUCGGAUGGCACCGACAUCAAUGCGUUGAUCCGAUCUCACAACAGAAAAGUGAUCGCCCUCGCUGACGACUUCUGCAAAGUUCACCUGUUCUCUUACCCGUGCUCCACUGCCAAGGCUCCCAGCCAUAAAUACAGUGCUCACAGCAGUCAUGUGACCAAUGUCAGCUUCCUGCAUAAUGACAGUCACCUGAUCUCCACCGGCGGGAAAGACACCAGCAUCAUGCAGUGGCGUUUGGUGGAAAAAUCAUCUCUCAGUCUCCAUGGCGCCCUCCUCUCUAACUCUACCCACCGCAAGGUGGAGCACACCCUUAGCGUAGCACCUCCUGCCGCUGUCACACAGAAGCCCGACCCUCCACCGACAGCCAACGGAACCCAGUCCUCACCAGAAACCCCACCGCCCACAGAGCUGGCCCCUCCGGCCUCAGAGUUGACCCCGCCUCACUCGGAGUGCACUCCUCCUCCCUCGGACAGCACGGUGAGUUUGAAGGACAGCCUGGAGCCCAGUGACGACACAGCCACGCCCAGCGACGAGGGCAUGCCGCCCCUCACUCCGCCCUCGUAAAGAAGAAAGCCCGUUCCGCAGAUGUGUGAAAGUUCUGGUACAGAUCCGGUCUUUGUGAGGACCGGUCUGAACUAAACGAGUGGAAAGUCUUUAGUCCUCACUUCAGAGUACACCCGGCUCAGGCAGGAAGCCACAGACCAGGUCCAGGUCCACAACAAGUCGGACCAGUUUCUUCACCGCAAACCUCCAUUAGGAAUUCAGAACCUCAUUGAUAAAGUGUCUGUCGUUAAGUUCCAUUAAUGUCACGGUGGUUAACUUCUAUUUUGCCCUGGUUCUCUGAGAGCAGGAAGUGAAUGUGUUGAAUUCAGCUGCUGUGAUGAAACAUAAUCUGACUUUAAAACCUCCAUCAGAACAGCAGAGCUGCAUAGCUUUAUUCAAAACCUCAGAAAAAAAUAUACGUUUUUAAUGUUUUUUUUUUUUGUUUGUUUUUUUUGUCAAAUAUAUGUGACAAGAUAGUAUGACAUCUCUGAGUCUGAGGUCAUUACACUUAACCUUUGUUAGAAAACCCUGAAUUCCAGAGCUUCAUUCAGAACCUCAGAAAGAAAGGGUCUGGUUUUUUUUUUGUUUUUUUUGUCAGCGCCCUUAAAGUGUCACAGUGGAACCAUUGCUGGUUAUCAAUUGAACUUUGUUUCUCUGAAAACAGGAAGUGGUUGCAGUUGACAUGCGACCUAAUUCUUGAAGUCACUUCUUACAACAUCCUUUAGGAAAGACAAGUCUGGCCUUUAUUCAGAACCUCAGAAAAAAAAAUCAGAUUUGAUCAGUGUCACAGAAGCAUUGGUGGUUUUUCAGUGUAAUCUGACUUCUGAGGACACAGGAAGUGGUCAUGCUGCAUUCUGCUGCUGUAGCAAUACUGUGACAUCACUUCCUGUUUGACAUUGAUGGGUUGUACUGUGUAACUAGUUGUCUGCAUUCAACAAUGGAUCACUAUGUUAUUUAACCAUUGGAGAACGUUAAAUUCGAGAGCAUUUUUCUACGAGCAGAUGUGUGAUGUCACAGUUUUGAGACCCCUGGAGCAGAGAAUGGCAGCAGGGAGGACAUCACCUGAAAUACCUCUGUCUCACUGACGGACGGAAGACGUCCUUCUGUCCAUCAGUACCACAGCUGUGUCUCAGGUGACAUUUUCUUCACCACUGGGGGCAGAGAAGGUGAACAGGAAGUGGAAAAUGUUAAGGUUCCAGUCUGUAAUGUUUGGAAGGCAACGAUUGAAUAAUUCCUAGAAUAAGCUUUUAUAAUAAUUUAAAUCAUGGGCCUUGUCUUUUGGGAGUCCACCACUUUGGUUCUGCAGCAACCAGAAAGGAGAAUAAAUCUGUGUCAUAGAACGUCACACUUUGAAUAAGGAAGUGAACCUUUAUUUUUUAGUAGUUAUUUUUGAUAGUUUUCCUCCAGUCUUGGAAAAUGGGAAGGUGAUCGGAGGAGUUCAAUGUUGUCGUCUCACAUUAGUUGUCACCAACUCUUACACACUGGAGCUUUCGGAACGUCUAAAAUAAUCCAUCUUUUUUACUGUUUGAACCAUGAAACAUCUAUCAGUCAUGUAGAUAAUAUUUCAUUUUUUCUAGCUAAGAAAUAGCUGCAAAUGUUGAACUCCAUUUCACUGUUUGACUCCACACUUUUUAAAGAUGUCAUAACUUUGCUGAAGUUUUUUUUUUUUUUUCAAAUGGGCUUUUAAUGUGAAACUCAGGAACGCAGUGGUUUCUGAAACAAUUCUGUGAAAGCUUGUGGAAGCAUGCAUUUCUCUUUUAUGCAGCCAACUGCAGGGCUGAGUCAGUGCAGUUGUUUUUGUUUUGUGAAGAUGCAGGUCAAAGGAAAAGAAGGCAGUGGGAAGUAUUGAGACAGUGUAAUCUAGUUAACAGGAAUUGAAAGGAAAAACACGGAACCCCCCCCAGAGUAAAAGCUGUGACAGACAUGUUUUAUUUUUGUUUUCUUCUUUAGCAGCGGUAGAUCAGAGUGAGCCCUCUCUCUGUUGGGAUCUGUUUGUAUAUACUGCAGACGUAUCUGUGUAUAUUUCUGUUGACCACUGGGGGCAGCAGCGCCUCAGCUACACUGGUUAGAAAAAGGAAAAACAUCCACCACUUGCAUCUUGGCCAAUCAGGCGACAGGACACUCGGGAUCCUGUCCGGUGAUUGGCGACAUUUGGGUGACUCGCUGAUGACUGCUGAUUGUUUUUGUCUCUUCAGGACCAUUUUCAAAUGUUUUCUGAAUGUCAGGGAGGUGAUGUCACUCCAGUGGGCGGGGCUUCGGGGGUGGGCGGGGUUUUGAAUUUCUUGUCUUUUUAUUACUCUUCAGUGUAUCUUCAUCUUUUCUACGCUCGUCUCUUAUGACGGCCUUUUACGCAAGUCGGGAUUUACCUGGACGUCAGGUAGGGGGUGGGGUCUGUGGGCUGGGGGGUAGAGGGCGAGGUCAGUAUUGUAUGGGUAGAGUAGGGGCCAGGAUUGGGGAGUUUUUAAAGUGUUCAGUUGUGAUGUCAUGAUGAUGAUGACAACAAUAUUCAUGUGACUGUUUUGAGCCAAUCAUUUCUUCUCUCAUGCAUUCCUGUCAGGUGACAGACUGUACUGAAGACUUCAACAGAAAAAUGCAAAUAAAUCCUUCAAAUAGACAAAA